AUGCGGGAGGAGAUGGCGCAGCGGGAGGAGGCCGAGCUGCACCGGAGCCACCAGAAGCCGCGUAGCCCCGAGGGCUGGGGCUUGCUGGUGGCCCUCUGGUACUUGGCCUUCUACAAGCCCAUCAUCACCGAGAGCCACCUGAGGAGGAAGAACAUCGAGUUCAUCUUCAUCCGCUUCAGCGCCUGGCAGUACGCCGGCUGCGACAAGCUCUGGGCCGGUUUGGUCACCACCCUCUGCGACAGCAUCCGCCAUCAUUUUGGAGCUCUGCCCCUCAGCGUCUACCACGUCAUGGGCACCCGGCCCCGCUUCGCCUCCGGCUUCAGCCAGAAGGAGUGGGUCCUCAAGAAGGACGCCUGCCUGAAGCUUUGGGGGAUGCUCUUCAUCCUGGCCGUCGGUCUCAGCAUCCUUUUGGUGGCCCUUUUGGUGCCCGGCAUCAAGGACCACCACGCUUUGAAGGUGGUGGGCAGCGCCGUCACCUCGCUCUCCGGUUCCAGUUUGCUGCUGGGAGCUUUCUCCGUCCUGAAGAACCUGCUGGUCAGCGAGAAGCAGAAGAUCGAGCGGUUGACCAACAGCGAGAGGUUCGCCAGCCAGCUGGGCUUCAUGAGCAAAGUGCGCCGAGAGGUGGAGGUGCUGGUUGACUUCUUGGCCUUCAUGGAGAUCUUUGAGCGCCGGCGGCUCCGCGUGGUGCUGGAGAUCACCAGCCUGGACAUCUGCUACCCGGAGAAGGUGGCUGGCGUCCUCAACGCCAUGAACACCUUGCUCUCCGACGCCAACACCCCCUUCAUCUUCAUCCUGGCCGUGGACCCCAGCGUCAUCGUCCCCUGCCUGGAGCAGACGGGUUGCAUGAAGGGUCUUGCCGACAACGGUUACCUCUACCUCAACCGGACGGUGACGUUGCCCUUCUCCAUCCCCGAGAUGGGCAACCGCUCCCGCCUCCA